GUUGGAAUGUCGCUUUGAUUAGCGCACCUCUUGUCCCCGAGCUGCCCGCGCGGCUGCGUUCAGUGCGCCAGCCUGUCGCUGUUAUUUAAACUCACGGGAGUGCAGGGAUGCCGAGAAUCGGGCUGCCAAUAGCACAGAUUAUUAUUUUACACAAAUAUUCUUUUGAAGUCGCCACCCGAUACCUAUCUGUGUAGAACAACUACCGGAGGGAAAAAAAACGUUGCUGUGGAAGAAAGGAGAUAAUAAUUCUGAAAUAGAGGCAAUUUCCAUUUUAAACUGGUUAAUAUGGUGGUGCAUGACAGCUGCACCAGAAAGUAUUCCAUUUAAAAAAACAAUCUCGUCAUGUACAGGUAGUCGUGUCAGAGAUGGGGAGCGCAUCCAACUCCAGCACCAGGUAUGGUCGUGUCCAUCGGCGCUUACUUUGUUCAGCUGAUCUCGGAUGUGCUAUCCUGGGUGUAUGAAGCUAUGUGAAUGCGCUUAAAGCAACGCUGCGAGAAUCGGGCGAAGAAACGAAUCAAAGAGCGAAGGGAAGUUAAUCAGCUCCUAUCUUCCAGGGGAUCCCGUUACAACACCGGUUGUUAUUUUGCCUCUUCGGAUUAUUGGAUUAAUUGAUAAAAGGACACUGUCAAAAUGCAUCAUAUCACUACUAAACGAUUACAGAUGACGAAAGGAACCACAAAACGAAGCACAAAUGCAUGCUCGUGGUCAACCAGAGCAAUUUAACGGAUAUUUAUUUCGUUUUGGGCUGCUGUGGUGCGUUAACCACCGUAAACAACGGCUCGGGUGUUUGAAAAUGUAUUAAAGUGCAAAAAGAGAUUAUUUCUGGACUAAUUGAAAAUUGCAUUGGGGAUUUUAAACCUGUACUUCCACCAGCAAGCAUAUUUAUGCUACAUAGUGAGCAAAAGUGAUUAUUUUUGAGAACGGAUAUACAGAUCAAUUAAAAGACUGGGAAAUAAAAUGUAGACCUCUUCUACAAAAGCGUUUCAAGCAUAAAAGGCAUAACAAGUGACUAACUCCGAUACUACUCGACACUGACAGUUAGAAUACCAAAUCAUCUGAUUUUUAAAGAAUACUUUGCAACACUUGAUCAAUAUUAUUAAAAGCGAAUAACUAGAGAGAACACAUGAGAAGCAGCACAGUAAAAAUGCGGAUUUUCAAGCCGCUCGAGACGCUCGCGCAGACACAUUCGACUGAGGAGGAGUUGCCAAGGCUACAGUGCUUCACAGACUGGUGAAGCUGAUUUUUAAACGUUUAGAAAUAUUUAUUUUUGGAGAAAAUGGACCGAAUUGCGUGUAUUUUAGUGUGAUCCAAUUAAAUCCAGUUUUAUUUAUUUUUUCUUUUUCUCGUCAAAAUGCAGUUGGAUUCAUUGACUCGCUCCUGAUUGGAUAUCGAUUUUUCUUGGUCUUAAAAAAAAAAAAAAACAUUGCUUCCUUAGAGACGCUGCUUUUAUUUAGUGCCUCGAGGCACGCCUUUCUUUGAUGUCAGUCAAGACUGCCGUGUUGCCAUGACGACCGAGGAGGGUCCCGGAGUGCCGGGUGCGGCCCAGGUAGGGGCGGGGCUCUGCGAGGACUACGGCCCCGCCCCAGGGGAGGAGGCCAUGGAGGAGGCGGGGCUGGGCGAUGAUGUCAGCAGCGACCUGGGAGCCCUGGUGGUGCCCUUUCCGGAGCUGGCCCCCGUGGUGUUCUUCUGCCUCAAGCAGACCACCUGCCCGCGGAGCUGGUGCAUCCGCAUGGUCUCCAGCCCGUGGUUUGAGCGCGUCAGCAUAAUGGUCAUCCUGCUGAACUGCGUGACCCUGGGUAUGUACCAGCCCUGCGAGAACAUCCACUGCUCGUCCGACCGCUGUCAGGUCCUGCAGGCGUUCGAUGCGUUCAUCUACAUCUUCUUUGCCCUGGAGAUGGUGGUGAAGAUGGUGGCUCUCGGGAUCUUCGGCCGAAGCUGUUACCUGGGAGACACCUGGAACAGGCUGGACUUCUUCAUCGUCAUGGCAGGGAUGGUAGAGUAUUCCCUGGAUCUUCAGAACAUCAACUUCUCCGCCAUCAGGACAGUGCGAGUCUUGCGCCCACUCAAAGCCAUCAAUAGGGUUCCAAGUAUGCGGAUCCUGGUGAACCUCCUCUUGGAUACUCUCCCCAUGCUGGGAAAUGUCCUCCUGCUGUGCUUCUUCGUCUUCUUCAUCUUCGGCAUCAUUGGUGUGCAGCUGUGGGCGGGGCUUCUGAGGAACCGGUGCUACCCAGAAGAAAACUUCACGUUGUCCACGGGCGUCUCUCUCCCGGCUCAGUACUACCAGCCCGAGGAAGAUGACGCGCGGCCCUUCAUCUGCUCCCUGGCUUCCGACAACGGGAUCAUGUCGUGCCGGGACGUCCCGGCGCGGAGGGAGGGCGGGCGGGAGUGCUGCCUGAACAAGGACGACUUCCUGCACCGGCAGGCGCUGGGCCUGAGCCCUGAGCCGCUGGUCAACGGCAGCCUGAGCGCGGCGGGACUCUGCAUCAACUGGAACCAGUACUACACCCGCUGCUACACCGGCGACAGAAACCCGCACAAGGGCGCCAUCAACUUCGACAACAUCGGCUACGCCUGGAUCGUCAUCUUCCAGGUGAUCACACUGGAGGGCUGGGUGGAGAUCAUGUACUACGUGAUGGAUGCCCACUCCUUCUACAGCUUCAUCUACUUCAUCUUCCUCAUCAUCAUCGGCUCCUUCUUCAUGAUCAACCUGUGCCUGGUGGUGAUCGCCUCGCAGUUCUCGGAGACCAAGCAGCGGGAGCACCAGCUGAUGCAGGAGCAGCGGGCGCAGUGCCUGUCCUCCAGCACGCUGGCCAGCAUGAUCGAGCCGGGCGACUGCUACGAGGAGAUCUUCCAGUACGUGUGCCACGUGCUCCGCAAGGCCCGCCGCCGGUCCGCCGCCCUCUACAACACGCUGCGGGGGCGGCCCGCCCCGCCGGGGGGCGGCAGGGGGAGGGCCGGCCGGCCGGGGGGCGGAGCCGGCGCCAAGGGAGGGGACUGGCACCGCCGCCACAGGCACCGGUCUCACUGUCCGUAUCACCACGGGCAGGAUCACAUCCCUCACCCCCCGGACACCACAGUGGCCCUCUCUGUCACCCCAAACCCCGAGGACUGCCCUCACUGCACGGGGGCCCCGUCGCUCACGGGGAGCCCGGCCAAGCAGGACGCGGAGGGCGGGGCCGUGGAGGAGAUGGACUGCGAGAGCAACCACCUGGAGGAGCGGAGCGGGGAGGAGGCGGGGAGCGAGGCGGGGAGGAGGAGGCGGUCCUGCGUGGCCCGGUUUCAGGCCGUCUGGAACGGGAUGAGGGCCAAACUCCUGAGCAUCGUGGAGAGCAAGUACUUCAACAGGGGGAUCAUGAUCGCCAUCCUCGUCAACACCAUCAGCAUGGGCAUCGAGCACCACGACCAGCCAGAUCAGCUGACCAAUGUUCUGGAGAUCAGUAACAUUGUCUUCACCAGCAUGUUCACUCUGGAGAUGAUCCUCAAGCUCACCGCCUUUGGUUUCUUCAGCUACCUACGCAACCCCUACAACAUCUUUGACGGCAUCAUCGUCAUCAUCAGUGUGUGUGAGAUCAUCUGGCAGUCUGACGGGGGCCUGUCGGUGCUCAGAACGUUCCGGCUGCUGCGUGUGAUCAAGCUGGUGCGCUUCAUGCCGGCGCUGCGUCGGCAGCUGGUGGUCCUGAUGAAGACCAUGGACAACGUGGCCACCUUCUGCAUGCUGCUGAUGCUCUUCAUCUUCAUUUUCAGUAUCCUGGGAAUGCACAUAUUUGGCUGUAAGUUCAGCCUGAAGACAGAGGCUGGGGACACUGUCCCAGACAGGAAGAACUUUGACUCCUUGCUGUGGGCCAUCGUCACUGUGUUUCAGAUUCUGACUCAGGAGGACUGGAACGUGGUUCUGUAUAAUGGCAUGGCCUCCACCUCCUCCCUGGCUGCUCUGUACUUUGUGGCCUUGAUGACCUUUGGGAACUACGUCCUGUUCAACCUGCUGGUGGCCAUCCUGGUGGAGGGGUUCCAGGCUGAGGGGGAUGCUAAUCGAUCCUACUCGGACGAUGAGAGGUCUUCAAUAAACUAUGAGGAGGCCGAGAAGCAGAAAGAUCCACUACAUCUCUCUGAUCCAAAGAUUUGCACCUUGACCCCCAACGGGCACCUGGAGCCGCCGCCGGCCCCCGGCGCCAGGGGGGCGUAUCCAGGCGAGCGGCUGGCCCUGGCCCUGGAGCCGCGUAAGAGCAGCGUGAGCUCCCUGGGCGCUAACGUGGAGCAGCGGUCUCUGUGCCCCGGACGCAGUUCCGUCUACCACAGCUGGGGGCACCCUCCUAUCCAGACCGCCUGGAGCCGGAGGUCCAGCUGGAACAGCCUUAGCAGGACGUCCCGGGGGCUGGGGACGGGGGUGGGAGGGGGCAGCCUCAGGGUUCGAAGCACUCACUCGCACCCCGGCGAACACGAGUCCCUCCUCUCCCCUCCGCCCCUGCCCCUGCCCCUGCCGCCCCCCCCGCUGCUGUCCCGGCACUUUGCCCCCCGUCGGGACAGACGGGCCCUCUCCCUGGAGCUUCCAGAACUUCUGCAGGUCCCCGGGCCGCCCCCCCUGCACUCCCUGCCCCGCAAGAAGAGCUUCUCUGGGGGCCUGGGGGGGCCAGGGGGGGUCGGCGAGCACCAGGACUGCAACGGGAAGACCUACACCCCACAACCAUCCCUCCUGGGGGAGGUCUUCCCACAGCUCAACACUCGCAAGGAGAGGGAGGAGCUGGAGGAGGAGGUCGACUAUAGUCUGUGCUUCCGAAUCCAGAAGAUGAUGGAGGUGUACCGGCCCGAAUGGUGUGAGGCGAGGGGGGACUGGUCUGUCUACCUCUUCUCCCCCCAGAACAGGUUCAGGCUGCUCUGUCAGUCCAUCAUUGCUCACAAGCUGUUUGAUUACAUUGUGCUGGCCUUUAUCUUCUCCAACUGCAUCACUGUGGCCCUGGAGAGACCCAAGAUCCAUCAGGGCAGCCUGGAACGAGUCUUCCUCACCAUCUCCAACUACGUGUUCACCGCCAUCUUUGUGGGAGAGAUGACCCUAAAGGUGGUGUCGAUGGGCCUGUACCUGGGAGAGCAGGCCUAUUUGCGCAGCAGCUGGAACGUUCUGGAUGGUUUCCUUGUCUUUGUGUCGCUUAUUGACAUUGUGGUGUCCAUGGCGGGUGGUGCCAAGAUCCUGGGGGUGCUCCGUGUUCUCAGGCUGCUUCGCACACUGCGCCCUCUCAGGGUCAUCAGUCGUGCGCCAGGGUUGAAGCUUGUAGUGGAGACUCUGAUCACCUCUCUCAAGCCAAUUGGAAACAUUGUAUUAAUCUGCUGCGCUUUCUUCAUCAUCUUUGGCAUUCUGGGGGUCCAGCUCUUUAAAGGAAAGUUCUUCUACUGCCACAGUCCUGAUGUGAAAAAUAUCACCAACAAGUCUGACUGCCUCUUGGCCAAUUAUAAGUGGGUCCAUCAUAAGUACAACUUUGACAACCUAGGCCAGGCACUGAUGUCCCUGUUUGUACUGGCUUCCAAGGACGGCUGGGUCAACAUCAUGUAUCACGGCCUAGACGCAGUGGGCAUUGACCAGCAGCCAAUCACCAACAACAACCCCUGGAUGCUGCUCUACUUCAUCUCCUUCCUGUUGAUCGUCAGCUUCUUCGUGCUCAACAUGUUCGUGGGCGUGGUGGUGGAGAACUUCCACAAGUGCCGGCAGCACCAGGAGGUGGAGGAGGCCAAACGGAGGGAGGAGAAGCGACAGCGGAGGAUGGAGAAGAAGAGGAGGAAAGCUCACAAGCAGCCCUAUCAUGGCAGCUAUAGCCGUGCACGCUUGAUGAUUCACUCCCUGUGCACCAGCCACUACCUUGACCUCUUCAUCACCUUUAUCAUCUGCGUCAACGUGGUCACCAUGUCCCUGGAGCACUACAGUCAGCCACACUCCCUAAAGAUAACCCUGAAGUACUGUAAUUAUUUCUUCACCUCUACGUUUGUGCUGGAGGCUGUUCUGAAGCUCAUCGCCUUUGGCUUCCGGCGCUUCUUCAAAGACAGGUGGAACCAGCUGGACCUGGCCAUCGUUCUGCUGUCGGUGAUGGGCAUCAUCCUGGAGGAGAUCAAGGCCAGCGCUGCCCUGCCCAUCAGCCCCACCAUCAUCCGCAUCAUGAGGGUUCUACGCAUUGCCAGAGUUCUCAAACUGCUGAAGAUGGCCACUGGGAUGCGUGCUCUGUUGGAUACUGUGGUUCAAGCCUUGCCUCAGGUGGGGAACCUUGGAUUGCUCUUCAUGCUGCUGUUCUUUAUAUAUGCAGCUCUGGGGGUGGAGCUAUUUGGAGAGCUGGUGUGUAACGAGGAUUUCCCCUGCGAGGGCAUGAGCCGUCACGCCACCUUCGAGAACUUCGGCAUGGCCUUCCUCACGCUCUUCCAGGUCUCCACGGGGGACAACUGGAACGGGAUCAUGAAGGACACGUUGCGCGAGUGCCCCACGGGCGAGUACACCUGCAACCCCAGCCUGCAGUUCAUCUCGCCGCUCUACUUCGUGAGCUUCGUGCUGACGGCGCAGUUCGUGCUCAUCAACGUGGUGGUGGCCGUGCUCAUGAAGCACCUGGACGACUCCAACAAGGAGGCGCAGGAGGAGGCCGAGAUGGACGCCGAGAUCGAGCUGGAGCUGGCCCAGGGCGGCCUCUGCUGCAUGGGGGGGAUCGGAGGAGGAGGGGGAGGAGGAGGAGGCCCUGGAGGAGUGGUAGGCGACAUGGGGAAUCGACAGAGUGCAGGAGCCCACGUCAACCCAAACCCCGCCCACGCCACCCCUCACUCCGCCCCCCCAGACCCACACAAUCCCCGCAAGCUCUACUCCCCUGCCCAGGAGAACCUGUGGCUGGACAGCGUCUCCCUCCUGAUCAAGGACUCCUUCGAGGGGGAGCUGCUGAUGAUCGACAAUCUCUCUGGAUCGGUCUUCCACCACUACUCCUCCCCGCCCAUCUGCAAAGACUGCAAGCACCACCCACAGGAGAUCCGAUUGGCUGAGGUGGAGCAGGCGUCCCUGAGGUCCGAGCAGCUCUCGGACAAGUCCUCGUCUCCGGCGCUUCCUGAUGACCUCAGCCUGGACGACCACAGUGUUUACCAGCUGCUGAUGAGGGAGGGCAAGGACGAGAGAGGAAGCAGCGACUCCCACAGCUUGGAGGAGGGAGAGGGAAGCCAGCCCCACAGCCCUGGAGCAGAGGGGUGUCCCCAAGACCAAAACCAGCAGCCAGAGCACAGCCCCACCCGUAGCACAGGUGGCACUCUCAGAGGCGCUAACAGCGCUGGGGGCAGGGACGCGGACGGGUCGUCGUCUCUUUUCCACCUCCCCGCAGAGUUCUUCCACCCCGUCGCUGCAGCCCCGCCCGCCGCCCCCAGGAGGGCGGGGUCCUCCCGGGUUCGAGGCUCCAGGCUCACCUCCCCUGCUUCCUGGGCGUCGCUCCGGUCCCCCGGGGCCAACAGCAGAGUGCUGGGCACACAGUACCCGUCGCACAGCGACUCGUCCCUGGCCACGGGGAGCUCGGAGGGCAGCCUGCAGACCACGCUGGAGGAGGGCCUGAGCUUCAGCGUGUCCCCGCCGCGAGACUCCGACCUGCCCCUCCCGCUGAUCUGCCCUCUCCAGGAGGAGCCCGCGCUCGGGCCCCUCGCGCACCCCUUAGCCAACCCCCCGGCCGUCUUCAACCUCCAGGCCACCAGGGGGCACCAAAGGAGCCAGAGCAGCUGCGGUGGCAGCAUGAGCCCCGGCUGCAACAGGCAAGACUCUAUGGAUCCUUCCGACGAGGAUCUGGGCAUAGGGGUGGGAGGAUGCGGGUCCAGCCAAGCGGGCAACAGCGAACAUUUGUCAGAGACUUUGAGUAGCCCGUCGCUGACGUCGCUGCUUUCUCCCUGCUCUCUGGCGCCCCAGCUGGUGAAAAAAUGCAACAGCACCGGUAGCCUGAAUCAAGCGAGCCUGACGGCGAGGGGGAGGGAAGUGCGUCAGAUCUGUGGCGCAGACCCCCAGAGCUACCUCGCAAACCCUUGGAUGGAGGAGAAGGGGCACAGAGGAGGGGGCACGGGGGUGACUGAAUUAAAAAUGAAAAGUACAAGCCAGUCGGCGGUGGCGGCCGCGAGAAAAAACAGAUGAAACAUUCCCUCCCCGCUCCCCCCCACAUCAUUGCCGCCGCUCUCCAAUGGCCCCCUCUUCUUCCCUCUCCUGGAUCGGAGAGCCGCCCGACACACGACGUUCCGCAAACUCCCCUCUCUCUUCUGUUUGUGACGCAUUCCUAAUUUGCAUAUCCCCCAAGUGAAGUUAGCUGGGAGAUCUUUGUUUUUUUUUUUCGAAAGGGGAUUACAGUGGACGGUAAAAGGGAGGAAGCGGCAGAGGUCGAAAGGCACAUUGUCACACCUGCGGGAUGCUUGUGCCUCUGGAUAUGAGCGUGCCGCUCAAACAGCCCCGCGCAAAUUUAACAGCGGAGGUCAGAAAGGGAAAACAGAAAAGCCAGAGGAGGAACACAAAUGCACAAUGAGGACAUGGAGAUCUUUGUCAGUGGUUUUGAUUAACGAGGGUUCAUAAAGCAAAAAAUGAAUUCAUUUUAAAAGUCAACAAUUGAACAGCGAUUCUUUAACAGAGCCUAUGUAUAAUGGCAGUGGUUCAGGGAUUUAUUUAAUGCAGAAGCAGACACUUUUUUCCCAAAGAGACUUAACAGACAGACGACCAGCAGAGACCUGCAGACAGCAUCAGCAAGGUCCAUUAGGCAAGGCUCUCUGGUGUCUGGCUGUGGGAGAGAGACCCUGUUCGGCAGAUACUAUGCUUAAGGUAGCAAAAUGAAAUGCACUUUUUCAGCUGAAAAAUGUAACCCACCCUCUUUCUUACCCUCUUUCCCAAUGAGAAUAAAAGGAGCACGGGGGAAAUUCAAGCUGAGAGUGGUACAAAUGCUGACAGAGUGCGUGUCAGCGAGAAAGGACUGAAAAUGCAUCGCAUAUGACGGUGCAAGGAACACGGGCUUUUCUCUGAGCAGUGCCAGUUACUGGGACCCCAGUCAGAUCUGGAGCAGGAAGAGACUGAGGCUGCAGAGGGCGGAGCUGAGGCUGAAGAGGGCGGAGCUGAGGCUGAAGAGGGCGGAGCUGAGGCUGAAGAGGGCGGAGCUGAGGACUCCCAGCUGAGCUCUAGAUCCAAUCCAAUCCCGGUGUGAGGUGUAACAGGCAGGUGGGGAGGAGGGGGGAGGGGUGUUUACGGACCAGUUGCAAUAGAAACAUAUGGCUUGACACGUUUUACAAGAAUGAGUACUCCCCUGCAUCAGCAUUACCACACAGUUUGCGCUGGAGAGGGAUUUCAAGGCACAGGUACAAGAAGUUGCUUUUUUUUCUAAAGCAGGUCUUGUCUAUGGGAAUUAAUAAGGAUACAGAGGUGUACGGAUGCGUAGGUGUACCGGAUUAAAUUUUUUUUGUAAAUUGUUUUUAAAAGAGAAUGGAAAGUGGAAAGAGAGGGGGAAAGAAUAUCAUCUGUGUGUGGUUUACUAACUUAUUUUUGCAAGUUGCUUCCAGUUUUAUAACAUGAAAAAAUUUUAUAAGAUGGGGUUAAGCGGGAUCAAUCAAGCAAAAAAAAAGAACAAAAACAAAACAAAAACAACAAAAAAAUGGAAGUGUUGGGUGCAACGAUAAAUGGCUUCCCUGAGUACCUGCAACUGCAGAUUAAGGUUCCUCUUGGAGUUUAAAAUCAACAGGAAGUUAACAAGGAGCAGGAAAUAGCCAAAGCAAUUCAGCACAAGAAGGCAUUCAUAUCACAAAGACUUUUCUAGGCUGUGGGAAAUUUGGAUUUUUGUUUAUUUAUUUUUUUGUUUUGUUUAGUUUAGUUUUUUGCAUCAUAUGCUAAACUAAGUUAGACGAUGACUCCAGAAGCUUUCAUCUGAGUGUCUAACAGCAAAGUGGCACUUUUUGGAUAUUCCUUCACCAGCCAAUGAUUAUCACUUCAUUGGUGUUCUGUAGCAUGGAUGUUGAUGUGUCGUUUUAUUUUUAUUUGUUUGAUUCUUUUCUUAGUACAACAGCAUUUCCUGCACUCAUUUCCUGUGUAUCUGUACUGACCCAUAAUUAGAGGUAAAAAAAUAUAUUGUAUUAUUGGUCUAACUGAGAAUAUGUUGAACCCCCUUGUAUGCCACUCAAGCCAAAAUCAAAUUAUUUUUAAAUGUUAUUCUGUGGUAGAGUAGAGCGUCCCUUGUAACUGUUUCAAAUUCAGAUGAUGCACAGACUUAAGACCAACCUGUUCACAAACUGCAUUAGUAAUGCAACCAGCUGAAAUUGGUUCAUCUUCAGAAACUGGUGGAAGUUGGCAAAUGGUAAUCAGCUUCUGUGUGUCAUUAAAACUGAACCCUCCAGAAAAAGUAGUCUAUUAAUUGAAGUAAUAGCUGUCUUCUUGUCCUGGUAGUGGUGUUUAGACGAAUAGAAUUUUUAAAAAGGUUUGGCCUAAAUGAGCUAAGAUGAUCUGGAAGGAUCUGUUUUAAUUUGGGGGAAAAAAAUUUAUCCAUUGGUAAUGGACUUGAUUUAAAAUUGGCAGCUAAGAAGAACCAGUGGGCACGUUUGUGUACCCUGUGUACGUUAUGUCAAAAUCGUUGACAUUUCCCUCAUUUUAAAGCACCCUUCUUCGUAAUAUUUAGGUAUAUUCUUCCUGGUCUCCAGAACUGACAGUCAAUUAACUCAACCAGUCAAAUAGUUCAAUAACCAGGGCUGUCAUUGGUCCUAACUAUACAAGUAAGAGAUCUCUGAUAGAACUCAGGGCCAUGGGAUUCAAAUGUGGGAGUCAAAUUUGGUUGUUUCUACAGGAUUGGAACCGAGGAACUCCUGAAUUAUAUGCCUUUAUAUAUUUGAAAUAUUUUUGGUAGAAUUUUGAACUGUGACCUGCAGAGAUUUUUGAAUGAUUGGUUUUGAGAUAUAACCCCAUCUCUGUGCUAUAGUGUGUGAUCCUGACCUGUUCGUAUCUUCUACACUGAAUUGCAUGUUUGCUGUGUUCCUUGAUGCUACUGACAUGCAUUUUGUUUUUAAAUAGAAGGGUCAAACAGAUUUUUUAAAAUCAUUUUGUUGUGGUUAAAAACUCUUAGAAUGGUGUUUGUUUUUUUGUUUUUUUUUGUUUGUUUUUUCUGGCCUAAGCGUCUUCCUUGUGUUUUGCGGCUAUCAAAGAGGGGCAGUUUUGACUUGAAGCAUGUUUGCACGAUAGGGCUGCCCCCAAAACCGCUUCAGAAAUUCAUCAAAACAUAAAAAAGCACCGAUUCUGGCGGAGACUCAAUUAGCGACCUGAAGCUGAAUCUGAUAUGAGAACGAUAACAGAAAAAAACUCCCUGGUAGCCCUUUGUUCUAAGAUGCAAUUAACAAAUAAAAAGGUGAUUUCAUUUUGACUAUUAAUCAACUGAAACAUGCCCACUUACAUAAAGGUAUACAGGAUCUAUAUAAUUUAACCAAUGUGAAAUUUCAGUCUCUGACCAUCUGAAUUACCACAUCUAAACUGAACUCAAACGUUAAAUAGCUAAACACAAUUCAAACAUAAAACCCCCAAAAGGUCAACCUUAAUUAAUCAUGAGUUCACACACACACACACACACACACACACACGUGUGUGUGUUCUUAACCUACUGUGAAAUUUUGUUACAUUGUACUUUGCUGCAGUUAUGAAAUGAGCAUGUGUGUAUGUGCAGAAUGCACAGUGCAAAUAUAAGAUAAAAUGUGACCAGAGAAUACCUGGGAUGGUAGCAAGAUUAGAAUAAAAGAGAGGUACUGAGGACAGUGUCAGUGAGAGUGGUACAGUGGUCAGUGGUACUUAAUUACUGGUAAAUGAAAACCUGAAAACAAUCCUCAGCAUGUUCAGCUCUGUGACUCUUAAAAUCCCACAGCCUUACUGCCCUCUGCCCUUCCUGACCCAGCGGGUAAUGCCCAAUGCAAAAGUUAAUGUUCCGUUACCAGUUAGCACUCUUCCACCCCUAUCAGCAGUGCUGCCAGCUAAUAAAAAAUAUUUCCAGCCCAAUGGUUUGAUAGGCUUUACACGACCCAUCUUGUGCAUAAUGCAUUUUAAUAGUAGCCCGAAAAAAAAAGCUACCCACAACAUUUUUUUGUUCUGUUUUUUUAUUUUAUUUUUAAUUUUUUUUACCAAUGGGUUCAUCUUUGAAGUUGCCCAGUUUGGUGAGAAAACCAUGGACAUGGCAACCCUGCCCAUCAGCCGCAUGCUGCGUUCCCAGACCUGGCCCUGUAUUGGUCGGUUGCCAUGGUCGUCGAGGAGAUGUGUAACCGAGCUGCGCGGUGGGCUUGGCUGUCACGUUGCCACCGCGCUGAUCCCGGAUCUGGCAGCGGUGUUAAGAAGUGGCCGAGGCGGCGGUCCGUUUGCAUCCCUGUUUGCCGACCUUACGCACCCUCCCGUUGCCAUGUCAACAAAUGAAAUUACAUUUCUGAUUAAUAAUUUAUACAGACCAGCACUACCAUUAAUGUAGCACAGAGGGAAACCAGCAGGUGGAAAGUGAAAAUCUGCCAUCACGUCUGUAAUUCUCCUCUGGGGUUUAGGGCUUGGAGCAAAGCCGCAUUUGUGUGCAUGCUUGCGAAUCCCCUCAGGCCGAUAGCUGAACCCCUGUCUGGUAAAAGAAGCUAGCUGCCUAACUUUUACCUCAAGUUACGCGAUACGAUCAAAACUGUUCUUCUCCAGCACCUUACGUUUGAAGUUGUGGGUGCACUUUUCCUGCUUUGUUCUACGUGAUUUAGAUCAAGGCGGCGCGUCUGGGCUCUGAGAUUAACGCGAUUUCAGUUCAGGUUCUUGUCUCUUCGCCGCUUAUCCACAGCGAACAAAGAGAUCCCUAGUGGCGUUUCGGGAGCCAAGGAGGAAUUUGGGACACGGGUACGUGCCGUGCCGCUGGAAGGGGCUUGCCAUCGGAAAUCAGGAGAAUCGCAUUUACCUCAUUAGACCGUGUUCUGAGCACGCCCCCCUCCACGACACGUUAGAACCGGCAGUUCCUGCGAGACCGAGCGCACCGGCGGUACUUCAUCAGAAAAGCGAGAUAAAACGGCCUUUCUCGGCUGUGCUUAGGUAAUGCAAAGGAAAAUUAGGCUCGUGCUCUUUCCGUCAAGCUCCAAAGAAAGCCCGGUUUGCCUGAAAGAGAAGGCAAAACACACGCUCCUCCCAAAACAUUUUACCUUACAGCGCUGAGGCCAAUGCAUAAUUCAUACAGAAGGAAGUACACUUACCGUUACGCUGCAAUGGAAAGCAUUCAUUUGAACCACCUGUCUGGGCUGUUUAUUGUUUUGACCCUGCAGGGGCCGGCAUUCGACUUCAUUAGGUUGGUUCUGAUGUAGACCUCUGUACGGUCAAAUCGCUAACCUGACCAGACAUGCGGCGUUGACAAAUCUGUUUUCUUUUGGAAAAUAAUAGUGAGUCUAGAGAAAUCUUUUGUUUGUAUAAAGAACGGUCCUGUAACUACAAGGUUGUGGGUUCUGUCCUCAAGUGAGGCACUGCCUUGGGCAAGGUACUUUAUAAAUCAUAUCUGCUUCCCUGAAUUUCUAGCUGUCAGAACAAGAAUUGAACAAAUCGUUUCUUUUUUUUAAAAGUCCUCUCAAAUUCGUAAAACUAAUUAAAGGUACUUUUAGGGGCACCGGUGUAGCAUAAUAGUUUGGGGACUAGGCUUUCAUUCCUUAACCUGUAUAAGUCACCCUGGUUAUGUCUGUUAAAUGUAACCCGUAAUAUUUAUUGACCUUCGUACUUUACACUUUAAGACAUUUUGGAGGGCACCUGCUCAUAUGUUCUCAAUUAAAUAGAAUCCAAAAGCAUGGGUGGUGGGAUCCUUCUGCAGCAGAGAUGAUCAAUCUUUUAAUUAAAAUACAGACACCAGGUGAGCUACAACAGGGUGAUGAUAGGAUGGAAAAAAAAGGCCUUUAUAGGGGCAUAACCCUGCCCCCUUUUCCAUCUUCAGUCCUUGAUUCAUCCACAGAACAUUUACCUUGCAGUAAACAGGUGUCAUAAUUAGCAUAGCACUGCUCUCUCUCUCUCUCCUCCUGUCUCCUGGUUUCCUGCUUUCCUGCCCCCUCCGCUUUCAGGCUCAAGUUCAAUUGAAUGUGCAGCAUGAAUGCCUUUUUUUUUUUUUUUUUUUCCAUUAAUCAGUUGCCGGUAGCCUGCAUGUUCAAAGCAGGUGUGUGGGGAGGGCACAAAGGUGUUGAUUUGAAAUCCCAGGCCCGUUUCCUUUGAAGGCCGCCAGUUGGUCAGGCAGUUAAUCACACCUGCAAAUCCCCUGUAAAACCCUGUGCACUUUGCACCUGGAGCCCGGCUUAGACAGGCCUCUUGCAGGCAAAGCGUAAUGUAUGCAAAGCUAUUCCUGUCAGCGUGCGAGGCUGGUCCAAGGCGGUCGGAGCGUUUCUAGCCAACCUCCUGAAUUGCACUUAAAGCUUAAAAUGCAGGCAGUGGGGAAGGGUGUUGGAAAAGAACAAGGCCGGUGCUGACGCAGUGAGCUGAUUGGAGGGAAAUUAUACAGUUCCAGAAUCGAAUACUUAAAUCAGAUGCCUCUUUUACUCCUUUGAGCGUGGCACAUACCUCGAACUGCAUCUGGGAAAAAUGCGAGCUGCCAUAUUGUAUGAAUUAGCACGUGCUGCGUAAACACAGUAAUAAUUACCGCCAAAUAAGUUAGAGAGUUUGGACCAAAUUGCAGUGCUGCAGAUGUGGCGCACAGAUCCUAGAUCCCUUCAAUUUCUGAAAAAUGUCCCCUCUUUUCAUUCAGAAAAAUGAGUUUUGCUGCGGGACAAAACGGCGCGUUAAGAGACGGCAGCUGAGCCGCCCCCGCCCCGCUUGCAGAUUAAUUAAUUGAAAAGAGAAACCGCCGGUCAAAAUGUGAUUGUGCCGAGGAUUCAGUAAUAGAUUGUUGGAAUGUUAGAGAAUCCUGGUUCUGUUUCCCUCUGUGAGGAAGUCCGCAGACCCGAGCUCUCUUCUCCCCAAUCAGCAAACGGACCCCAGUGUGACAGCGGGCUGAGAGGUGAUUGGUGUAAUUCGGAGCAACGCGUUGCCGUCGUUUCGUCCACGGAGAGCUGCGCCUCUCCGUCACAAUCCGGUGUGUCUGUUUUAAUUCGCGAAAACAAUCGCCGUCCCUCCGGCUCUGAACACGCUCCGGUGAAAAUUGUGAAAUUGUCAAGGCCGUUCACCACCACUACUCCGUGUCUGAUUUGACGGUAAUGAUUUGUCUGGCUGGUACAAUCUGUCCGUUCUCUCGCCUUUAUCGUGUUUUUUUUCUGAACCCUUCAUAAGUUUUGGUAUCAGUCUAGGGCACAUUUCGCAAAGGUAAGCUAGCAUUAAUUGAACUGGCAUGCGUAUGUUAAUUUAUCUGGUCUCGUUUUUGUCUACAAUUAUUAUGUUCCUACACCACUUCCUCCCAUUAUUUUUCCAGGGUGAUAUUUGAAUUAAAAAUGGUUGCUAUUAUUACUUGUAAUUAUAAAGUCGUUAAGAUGUAAUGAAUUUUAAUAAACAAGUUGUCAUAAAAUAAACAUAUUAGUUAUAAUUUGCUUUGUAACUGUCAGCAUCUGACUAUGGUGUUCUGAACCAAUUUAUAGGUGUCAUAGACAGAAGACAGAUUCAUCAGACAGUUCUGAAGAUUUUCACCAGAGUAAACCAAAGUUUACUGUAGUUUUUUCUGGAAUUCAAGGGAUUUUAACAGACUUUACUAAUUUCUUAAUUUCUUUUUUAUUUUGCCAUUACACCCUUAAUUAUCACAGCCAAAUCAGAGCUGAAGUAUCCCCUGCACGUAUGGGGGUAUAUGUAUUACUCUUCUGUUUUUAUAAUCACAGAGCUAAUAAAUUCCCAAAAUUUGCUCCCCUGCCCCCCCUCCCCCCUCCCCAACCCCCACCCUGUCAAUUAAUUUCCUGCUGUUUCCACAGGUCCCCUUCCCUUUAAAAAACAAUCCAACCAACACAAAUUUCACCUAAGGCGUAUUCAGAUUUCAAUAAUAAAAUAGAAUUUAUGCACCACAAGGAUAAAAAUCAGAUUAGCAUAAGCUUGUUCCAAUGAGGCUCAUUACCAUAUUUAUUCA